GUAUGGUACGAAACUACACUAGAGUCUAGACCCGAGCCUAACUGCUGAACUGCCUAUCAAGAUCUGUAAUUAGAACUUAAAAGCCAUCAGUUAUUUUUAAUGUAUUACUAGAAGAACAAAGUAAUUGCUUAUAAUAAAGUAAUAUGGAGAGCGAGACGUCACCAAGUAAGGUUCAUCGUAUAUCAGAGCCACUGCUUUCUGCACAUAAAGUCACUGUCCCUGAAUCGGAAACAAUGGGAAAGACUGAAAUUAUUGCUGAAUCCGAUGACUCAGAACCAGAACAAAAUAAUACUGAAACUUUGGUUGGUGCAGCAUUUCAGAGUCGACUUCCAUUUGAUAAAUUAUCAGAACAGGAAGAAAAAUAUUUUCCGGAAAUUAAAUCAGGAACGAUUGAAUCUACUGCAGAAUUUUUGUAUGUUCGAAACAGAAUUCUUCUCUUAUGGCUUCAAUCUCCUCAGACCGAACUAUUAUUCUCUGACAUUUCUAGCAAACUAGAGAAACCAUACGAUUCAGCGGAUCCAAAUCUUGUCUUGAAAAUUUACUCCUAUUUAAAAAGGUGUAGUUAUAUUAACUUUGGAUUAUACACGAGGCUCAGCCCGACACCUUCUGAGAAAAAAUGCAAAGUUGUCGUGAUUGGUGCUGGUGUGGCAGGGCUUGCUGCAGCUAGACAACUUAAUUCAUUUGGUGUUGAAGUUGUUAUUAUUGAAGCAAGAGAUAGAGUAGGAGGAAGAGUUGCCACAUUGAGAAAGGGACCUUACAUAGCUGAUCUUGGUGCAAUGGUUGUUACUGGACUUGGUGGAAAUCCUAUUACAGUUAUCAGCAAACAAAUUGAAAUGGAUCUUCGUAAAAUUAAACAGGAUUGUCCUUUGUUUGAAACUGGAGGUCAGAGGGUACCCAAAGAAAAAGACAUCUUAGUUGAAAAGGAAUUUAAUAAACUUUUGGAAGCCACAGCAUAUUUGAGUCAUCAGUUAAAUAUCAAUGAUAUGGGGAAAGAACCGCUGUCGCUUGGAAAAGCUUUUGAAAUUAUUAUUCAGCUUCAAGAAAAGAAAGUAAAAGAAGAUCAAAUAAAACAUUGGGAAUCAGUAAAACAAUGUUGUGAGAAGUUUAAUUCUAUUGUAAAACAAAUGGUUGAAUUAGAAGAAAAAAUGACUCAAUUAUCAGCUGAUAUUAACGAAGCUGUACAAAGUAGUGGUGGUGAGAUGGCUGCGGAAAGUCGAGACGUAACAAUUGAGUUUGAAAUUAGAAGUAAAAGAAGAGAUUUGAAAACGCAUUUGAAGAAAUAUAAUCUACUGAGUGAAGAGAAGGUUUUCUAUGAAAUACAAAUGUCGGAGUUAGAAAGCAAUCCACCGACUGACAUUUACCUUUCAUCGAAAGAUCGUCAAGUGUUGGAUUGGCAUCUCGCUAAUCUUGAAUUUGCGAACGCCGUUGAUUUGGAUAAUUUAAGCUUGAAACACUGGAACCAGGUAUUGGAUGAUGCUUUUGAAUUCAGUGGAAGUCACUUAGUUGUCAGAAAUGGAUAUUCUGUUUUACCAGAAGCUCUUGCAGAAGAAUUGAACAUUCAUUUGAACACUGCUGUUAGAGCCAUCAAAUACACUAAUAAAAGUUGCGAAGUAUUAACACAGUCAACAAAGUUAGAAUCAGAGAAAAUUGCUUUUGAAUGUGAUGCAGUUUUAUGCACUCUGCCUCUCGGUGUGUUAAAACAAGGGGAAGCAACACCUAUUAUUGAAUUUUCACCGCAAUUACCUGACUGGAAACAAGAUGCAAUCAAUAGAAUGGGGUUUGGAAAUUUAAAUAAAGUAGUGAUGUUUUUUGAUCAACCGUUUUGGCAUGUUGAUGUUGGUUACACAAAUCCAGAUCCAGAGGAUCCUAAUCCACCAGAAAUUCAUGUUAAAAAGAAAAAUUUAUUUGGACAUGUUGCUGCUACUACUGCCUCUCGUGGUGAAUUAUUCUUGUUUUGGAGUUUGUAUAAAGCUCCUGUGUUACUCGCACUCAUUGCCGGAAAAGCGUCAAACGUAGCAGAGAAGAUUGGUGAUGAUCUUAUUUUAGCAAGAGCUCUUGCGGUGUUAAAGGGAAUUUAUGGAACAGAGAAUGUUCCUGAGCCCAAACAUUCUCAUAUAACAAGAUGGGGAUCAGAUCCGUGGGCAAAAGGAAGUUAUUCUUAUGUGAGUACAACAUCUUCAGGUGAUGAUUAUGAUGUGAUGGCAAAGCCUGUAUUUCCAACAGAUGGUGAUGAAAACUCUGAUUCCAAAGAUGCAAAGAAAUUGCCCAGGUUAUUUUUUGCAGGAGAACAUACAAUGAGAAAUUACCCGGCAACUGUUCACGGAGCAUUAUUGAGUGGAUUCAGAGAAGCAGGAAAUAUUGCUGAUCAGUUUCUGGGUGAUUUGAUUGAUCUUACAUCUGAACCAGAUCAAAAUGAGGAAGCAAUGGCUUCAAGUGUUGAAGAAUCGAUUGAAACAACUUCCUGAUGCAUUUUUCAAGAUAUCUGGUUGAAUAAUAGUAUUUGGUCAGAAGUAUUGACUCUUGAGUUGUUCAUGAAACUGAUGAUUCUUCAAAUUCAUUUGUGAUGAUGUUGACGGAUCAGGACAUUUCUCAUGCAAAGAUUGAAUUUUUUUUUAAUUGGUGCCUUCCAGUCGUACCUGCACUGCCAUGUUCACAAGUUUUUUUUACCUGAAUAAAAUCGUUUCCACCAUA